GAAUUCAGAGUUUUCUUUGGAUUUCUCUGAAAAGUCUAGAAGAUAAGAAGGAAUCGACUAAAACAAUGGCGCAAAACGAAGCAGGGAAUUCUACCGACGAAACGUCUUUAAAAAAUAUAUUUGAUCAAGCUAUGAAAUUAUUUGACAACAUAGAAAAUAGCAAUGAAGCUACAAACAGCGACCCGGUUCAGAUGACUAUAAAAUCUGCAAUAUCGAAGUUAGAGAAAGCAACUAACUUAGUCUCCGUCUCUGGAAUGUUCAGUAAAAACGAGAGUCUUGAUGAAUUGCCAACUGAAACAUUGCAGUAUUUGUUGUUACCUGCAUUACUUGGGACUCUAACCCUUAAGUUGGUUGGUCCUCCACGCAAAGAACUAAUUGAUGUAGCAGAAAUAUAUUUUAAAGAUUUCCUCCAGAGAUGUAAGGAUUAUGGUGUGACAGAUGUAGAGGUGCCACAGACUACUGAAGGGACUGAAGUAGCUUUACCUAGGCCACAGAGUGAACAAGCCAAGAUUGCCAAUAUGGUACUUUCAAGGGAAGCUAAAAUUCGAAGGUAUAAAGAGAUGAAAGAAUUAAAAGAGAAAUUAAGUACUUUGUCUAAAGCCAUGUCACUACCCUCGGUAGAUGAUGAAACCAAGAGGAACUACUUCACUACAAUGUUGCUGAGCUAUGUGAGCCAGGCUCUGGAUGAAAUUAGCAGUAUUGAACAAGAGAAACCACUGCUAGAGUAUAUGGAGAAGCAUGCAGGAGAACCAAAGCCUAAAGAACGUCCAAGAACGCCAUUGCGGCCAGUAAUAAUUACGCGCGAUGCUGUGCAAAAAGCGGUGUACGGCGCAGGGUAUCCAGCCCUUCCUUCUAUGACUAUUGAGGAGUUCUACGAUCAGAGGGUCAGGGAUGGCAUAUUUCCUGCAAGUGGAACGAACAUUGCACACACAAAUAUACAGAGCACUGAAGCUGAUGCUGAUGAAGAAGAAAAAAUACGAAAGGAACGUUUGGAGGAGGAAGAUGAUCUAGAAGAACUCGAACGCAAACGUAACAUGGACGAGUAUAAGGAUGACCACCGCCGUGGCUGGGGCAACCGGCACAACCGCAGCUAACAAAAUUACAGAGCUUAGUACUGUAUUGAUUAUAUUAAUAAUAUCACUUCUAUUAUAUUAUUAAUGUCCACGCCUACCCUGCAGUGGAUAAGGCGAGAAAAUAUAUAAAAUUUGAAUGUAUUACAUCUUGAAAUAGGCUCUUGGAGUCAAUGUUUGUGAUUGGUGUCUUCUGUCGUUGAGCGACUUCGUAGUUUGUUUUUUUUUUUUAUAAUAUAUAUUGUACAGUUUUUUUCAAGCGAGGUUAUAUGUUUAACAGUCUGAAUUGAUUUAAAUUGCUGAAAAUGAACAAAAUAUAUAUAUGUAUAUAUAUUAAAUAAUCGAUGUUAUACUGUUUGAUGGACAGAAAUUUUGUUAAGGAUAAAUUGUUGGCAUUAUAGUCGGUAAGCCAGCAGGUUUGUUGAAGGAAAUCAUCUUCUAAUGGAACAUUUACGUCUCUUAUUUAUUGAACUUCAAGAGGUACACUUACAUAUUAAACGUAAAUGUAAAUCG